GCAUUGUGGGAGUGGCGACAUGGCGUGGUAGCCACAUGUGCGUUCAUGCUUUUUUCGCACUUGGAUACGGAAGACGACGGUCGAAUAAAGACAAGUUGGAAGAGUAUAGCUAGAAAUAAUAUAUUAAACCGAUAUGAGACCAGGAUUCAGUCCGCGAGGUGGUGGUGGCGGCCGCGGAUUUAGAGGUGGCGGGGGGAGAGGUGGCUUCGGCGAUAGAGGUGGCUUCGGCGAUAGAGGUGGCUUCGGCGAUAGAGGUGGAAGAGGAGGCUUCCGUGGCGGCAGAGGUGGUGGUGGAGGGUUCCGGUCCCCAAGUGGAGAAGGGGGGUUCCGUGGCCGAGGAGGCGGACGUGGGGGCAGAGGAGGUAGAGGAGCUGGACGCGGAGGCUUCAGAGGGGGCAGGAAGGUGACAGUUGAGCCCCACAGACAUGAAGGUGUGUUUAUCUGCCGUGGGAAGGAGGAUGCCCUGGUGACUAAGAACAUGGUUGUGGGAGAGUCUGUGUACGGCGAGAAGCGGAUGAACGUGGAGGAAGGAGAAACGAAGAUUGAGUACAGAGCAUGGAAUCCCUUCCGGUCGAAGCUGGCGGCAGCCAUCUUGGGAGGAGUGGACCAGAUUCACAUUAAGCCGGGGGCGAAGGUCAUGUACUUGGGAGCAGCCUCCGGGACUACGGUCUCGCAUGUUUCUGACAUUGUUGGGCCUGAAGGACUUGUGUACGCUGUGGAGUUCUCUCACCGGUCAGGGCGAGAUCUGCUGAACGUGGCCAAAAAGAGAACCAACAUCAUACCCAUCAUUGAGGACGCCCGUCACCCACACAAGUACCGCAUGCUUGUUGGGAUGGUGGAUGUAAUCUUUGCUGAUGUUGCUCAGCCUGACCAGACCAGAAUUGUGGCUCUCAACGCGCACAAUUUCCUGAAGAACGGAGGCCAUUUUGUCAUCUCCAUCAAGGCAAACUGCAUCGACUCAACGGCAGCACCGGAGGCCGUGUUCGCAGCUGAGGUGAAGAAGAUGAGUUCAGAGAACAUGAAACCCCAAGAACAGCUAACACUGGAGCCCUAUGAGAGGGACCAUGCUGUUGUAGUGGGCAUCUACAGACCACCCCCCAAGCAGAAGAAAUAAACUGCAACAGGCAUGCAUUGCUGUGACUUGCACUGCCAUACCUUUCUGUCAUCCUGGCUGCGACCAGCAGGGGGUGACAAAGUCAUCGGUGAUUGAAGCAUUGUGGACAGUCAAUAUUGCAUCCUUCACUGACGGCUUCCCAUCUCUGAAUUUGCCCUGGACCCUUUAGCCUACAUCCCUUUCAGGAAAAUGAAGAGCUCCCUGCACCUCAUACUAAAAUCUGGAACACAAUUGGGGAAAUGUGAUGGUUUGUUUCUGUCCUUCUCCCUGCCAUGCUUUAUAAUGUAAAAUGCUGGAAUUGUUAUUUGUAAAAGUGACACAGACAUUUGUUAAAGUCCUUAGUUACACUUUUUAAUGUCUUGAUCUUUAAGUUCAUGUCCUAUUCAAAGAGCAGUAUAUUUGAAAAGUCGGAAGACGAAUAUCUGAAAAACGUUUAUAGGGAAUCAUUUAUUUGCCCAACUUGUGAUGCCUGACCUCACCAUAUUGUAAUGUACUUUUUUUGUAUUAAAAAAACAAAAAAAAAUUGAA